CGUAUUAUGUACGAAAUAUUAUCAAAAGAAAGGGGAAAAAAAGAAAAGAAAAGAAAAGAAAAAAGAAAAAAAAAUGUAAAUGGAAAUCAUUUCAUCAAAAAUAAAAUCUUAUAUUAUAGUUUUGAAAUUUGCGCAGUUUUCAAAAAGUAUUAUACAAAUAUUUAUCAAAGACGUAAUAAAUGUAUACGUACUUAAUAUGUAUGUACUCGUGACGGAAUAUACUGCCGAUUGAUUAUUGAUUAUCUCUGAUUUUGAAAACAACACUUGGAAACACUCGUUUCGACAUUUUAGCAAAAACUAUUUAGCGCAUAGGAUCGAUCUGUAGGACCAUUAGUCUUGUAUUUAAAAAAAAAAAAUAUAUAGUGUUUAUAUACGUAUAUAUACAUAUAUACAUGCAUAUGUAUAUAUAUGUAUAGAAAUCUGAGAUUAAUAGAUCGAUAAUAAGAUCGAGUAUAAUUUGUGUGAAUAUAGAUAAAUUGAAACGUGAAAAAAAAAAAAAAAAAAAAAAAAAAGAAAAAAAAAUCUUUUUCUUAUUCUUUCUCUACUUCUGAUCUGGUGCUAAUUAAUGCUGAUAGUACACCUUAAUGCUACUUUUGUAUCUACUUUCCCUUUUCAUCUUCAACUUAAAUAUGAUUAAGAAACGAUAUGUAAAAAUCUAUCUUAUGUGUCGUAUUAUAUAAAUUAUUAGUUUGUAAAACGAUUAGUUUAAUGUUGUUCUACAAAUAAAAUUGUUUAGAAUAAUAAUUUUUCAAACUUCCCAGACUAUUUAACCAACAAUCAAAAACUUAAUCUAAUUAAUCGUCGAGUUAAGAAGAAAUUUAUUUUCUUAUAAUAAGUAGUCUUGAUAUUAAAAUAUCUUUAAAAAAGAUUAAACACAUUCCAAUCUAUAUAUAUACACAUAUAUUUAUUUGAUUUAUAUAAUUUAAGUAGUGACAAUUUAAGUUGUAAAAUUACACGCAAAUAAUUGUCUACAUAAUUGUCUAAUAUUUUCCAUAAUACUUUCUUCUUUUUCUUUAAUUUUCGAUAAAAAGCAUGAAGAUAUUUAAAAAAAAAAAAAAAAAAAAGAAAUGAACGAAAAUAUUACACGUGUAAUAGUAGUAAUAGCGCGUAAUCGAAGGACAAUCGAUCAUUCGUAUCGAUCGUUGAACGAAUUUCAUCGAAAUCAAUCGUUUCGAUUCGAAUUACCUUACGAAUUUUUACAGCUCGUUAUCUCGUUAUCUCGUUAUCUCGUGAAUAAGAAAAAUUUAAGAUUAACUUUCUCAAGUAAUCAGCACGAGUUAUUUAAAAAUUUUCUCAUAUUUUAUUUCACUUUUUAUUUCGCUUACUCUUCCUAUCCCUUAACAAUCAUACGUGAUUAAAAAUAUGGUAUAGAACGUACAAAAGAAAAUAAGAUAUGUGAAAAAAAUAUCAAUCUGUCAUAAUAAUUUAAUUCAAUUCCCUCGAUAUGUAACGAUAUUCGUCUUAUAUUACCGAUAGAAUAUAAUUUUAAUAAACAUGUUCGAUUUUCGAAAACACAUUGUAGCAUACAUUAGCAUCUACAUUAUUCGUUAUACAAUGUCGUAUUAUUCGUUCAUUUAUCAAUUUUUCAACAUUAUAUAUUAAGAAGAAUAACGUAUUCGAAAUACGAUUCAAUGAAUUGUAAAUACAUCAUAAAUUAAGUGUAUGUAUUAAAAAUACGAUUUAAACCGAAUUUUUCUGUUAUGUACGUACGUUUACAUUAUUCUUAAUCAUUCCAUCCUUAUUAUUCGAUUUACAAUAUCGCAAAUUAGCGUUGUGAUCUUAGUUGCGUUUAAUUUAAUUAAAAAAAAGUAUGAAAAAAGAAAGAAAAAAAGAAUAUAUCACUUUUCUAUAUGUAUAAUAUUUAUAUGUAACAUUUCUUAAUGUAUAACAUUAUUAUGAAUUUUUACAUAAAAUGAAGAAACGUUUAGUCGUAAGUCGUAGCGGAUGUAAUUAACGUCAAUAAUGAUUAAUUCCACGAUUUGGAAGAAAAGUGGGACGAGACACGGAAAAUUGAUAUUAUUUUUCUAAUAGUUUACAAAAUUGUUGUUAUUCGUCUUUUUUUUUUUUUUUCCUUUUCGUUGAAUUAAAAUCCUAAAAUUCACCUAAAAUAGUUGGAAAUAAUAAUCGUAUAAUAAUCGAGAGUUUUAUAAACGAAAUGUUAUUCAAGAUUGAUCGACCCAUUUUUCUUUGAAAUCUCGAAUAUCGAAAGAGAUAUAAAAAGAAUAUCUUGUAUAUCUCGUAUUUCAAAGUUUGUUUUUAAUUACCUUAAUAUAUAAUCGCGCUCUCUCACCCUUGACACGACGUCGAACGUCCAAUCAAAUCCAUCGUCGCUUGGAUCACUUUCAUCUUUCUUCCAAUUUCAACUUACAUCGUGUUACGUACAACGUAUAAUAAAAGAUGGAGAAAGUGCACGUACAUAUCGAAAUUUCGAAUUCAUUAUCGUGAUGAUCGAAAACACGCAUCAUUGAUCAACGUAAAAAUAAAAUUGCAUUUCUUUCUCCGUUCCAUUGGUAUUAAUUAUCUUUAAAAUGCCGAAUUUAAACCGAUCAAUUAAUUUAUAUUAACAUUAAAUAUACGUGUUUCGUAAUACAUACACGUAGAGAUGCUACGUGGUACGUGCUAAUAUACGUAUUAAAAAUUAAUACUUACUCGCGUCACGCGAUCCCACCGUCAUAAGAAACUAUAUGUUUAGUGGAUUAUCGAUGAUGUACGAAUUAUUUUCUAACUGCUGUUCCGCUCUGUCUAUUUUUAAUUCAUUGAACAGUCUAUGUUAAUGUAUUUUUUUCUCGGAUGAAUCGAUUUUUUUUUAUUACAAAAAGAAUUUUGCGAAAAUAAUUUACAACAAUUAAUACAUUUCUUCAAUUAUCUAUUCUUUUCCAAUUCUUUCAAUUCGUUCGUUUCUUUUUCGAGUAUUUCCAAAGAAUUCGAAUAGAUUUCGACACGAUCGGAAAAUCAUAUUUUUUUCUUCUUCUUCUUCUUUUUCAAUAUUUCAUCCAUUUAUAUCACGUGCAUGAUUUUUAUGAUAAUUAUCGAUAUGAUAUGUGCUUGCUUGUUACAUUAGCAUGAUAUUUAUUAAUAUUAAGCGACAAAUUAUAGGUAAUGCGAAUGAUAUGCACCACGAAGAGAAAAAAAUAUCGACGUUACUUAUCAUUAAUACUAAUAGAUAAUAUUACGAUAAUAAAUCACACUCUGCUCUAAAUGUAUUAUCCAAAUGUUGUUAUUCUUGCUGUUAUUAUUAUUAUUGUAAUCACAAUUCGCGAUGGUCGUCUUCAUCGUUGUUAUUGUUAUCAUCAUCAUCAUCAUCAUCAUCGUUAAUCAUCAUUACUAUUAUUAUAAUAUUAUCAUCAUCCCGUUAUCAGAAUUAUUUCUAUGAUUUUUUCCAUCAUUAUCGAAACCAUAUUAUUAAUAUUUUAUUCGCUUUGUAACAAUGGCGUGAAUGAUGCGAAAAACAUUUGUAACGGUUCGAAACAGGCGCACGCAUAAUAGCUUCAAUUUGCGCGAAUUCAUUCGUCUUCUAAAUCUAUAAAGGAUCGAUAGUAGAAAUUAGCGCUCUCUCUCUCUCUCUCUCUCUCUUUCCCUUUCUCUCUUUCGCUCCUAAGCGUGAAUGCGUGCGUGUGUACGAGCGUGCGAGCGUGUGUCAUAAACUACGCUUUCAUCUCGACGUUUUCCUCUAGAUAAAGAAGAAAAAAAGGCACGAAAAGACCGGUUUCCGUUAAAAAUCAUUUAAUUUGACAAUCUUGUAAAGGGAAAUAAAUACAAAGAUUUACAUAAAUUUUCUCGUUACAGGCGUGUCUGGUGGAAAUUGCCAGCCACGAGGUGCUGUAUUAAACGGCACCAUUAGAAUAGUAAACUAGUUAGUGCUUAUUUAUCUACUAAUCGAAUACUGUCCGAGAGCCUCGCCGGAUUUUAUAAUAAAAGGGGGAGCUUGAAACGACCAUGGGGAAACAAAAUAGCAAACUGAAACCGGAAGUGUUAGAGGAUCUCAAGCAGAAUACAGAAUUUUCAGAUGCCGAAAUUCAAGAAUGGUACAAAGGCUUCUUAAAGGAUUGUCCGAGCGGUCAUCUGAGCGUAGAAGAGUUUAAAAAGAUAUACGGAAAUUUCUUCCCUUACGGUGAUGCUUCCAAGUUUGCAGAACACGUGUUCAGAACAUUCGAUGCGAAUGGGGAUGGAACAAUCGACUUUCGAGAAUUUUUAUGCGCCCUCAGUGUAACAUCUCGCGGUAAACUGGAACAAAAAUUGAAAUGGGCCUUCAGCAUGUACGAUCUCGAUGGUAAUGGUUAUAUCUCGCGGCAAGAAAUGCUGGAAAUAGUGACGGCAAUCUAUAAAAUGGUGGGUUCCGUGAUGAAAAUGCCCGAGGACGAGUCGACGCCGGAAAAGAGAACCGAUAAGAUAUUUCGACAAAUGGAUAAAAACAAGGAUGGGAAAUUAUCACUCGACGAAUUUAUAGAAGGAGCGAAAAGUGAUCCGUCUAUCGUGCGACUGUUGCAGUGCGAUCCUAGUGCACAAGCUCAGUGAGGCCCUGGGCUAUUAUUACGCAAGUAUUACUGUGUCAUCUAUAUACAUGUGUAUAACUAUAUCGGGACCCGGUCCGAUAAUCUUCGAUAGAAACGAUUAAAAAUUUAUCACGAUAUGUAUCACGAAGAAAACUUUCGUAAACUUUUUUUUCCGUUUUCUUUUCUCUUUCUUUCCAUAUAUAUAUACACUUCUACGUACGGUAAACGCGUUAUAGAUUUUUAUGCGUAGAAAAAGAAAUAUCUUUAUGAACGUUUAAUCGUUUCUGAAAAAUAUAGAUAUGGGACAGAAGAAUAAGGGAUAAUUGUAAAUUGGGCCGGUACCCGAAUAAGUCCAAGGUCUCCGAGCCCAUGGCGCUUGCGCAUACCGCAAGCUAGUCUAAAAGACUAGUCCAGUCGCUCCGUCUCGUAAACGGAUCGGUUUUAACGUAAAUUUUCAUAUAUCUCGAUAGUAUCUCGCCCUUCUCUCUGCUGCGUACGAACGAAUGACUGAAAAUCGAAAUUAUACGAUGUAUGGAUAUGACACCGCUCGAUACACGCUGUCAUAAUUGUUGAAUUCUCUAG